GCGCCGCUGGUCCGCGAGCAGCCUGGCGGUUUGCCUCUUCCUCGCCCGUCCUCUAGACCGCGUCCAUGGCCACCGCCGCGACCGAGGAGCCCUUCCCUUUCCACGGUCUUCUGCCGAAGAAGGAGACCGGGGCCGCCUCCUUCCUGUGCCGAUACCCGGAGUAUGACGGGCGCGGGGUGCUCAUCGCCGUCCUGGACACGGGGGUCGAUCCCGGGGCUCCGGGCAUGCAGGUUACAACUGAUGGAAAACCAAAAAUCAUUGACAUCAUUGAUACCACAGGAAGUGGUGAUGUGAAUACUGCUACAGAAGUAGAGCCAAAAGAUGGGGAAAUUAUUGGUCUUUCUGGAAGAGUGCUUAAGAUUCCUGCGAGCUGGACAAAUCCUUCAGGAAAAUAUCAUAUUGGCAUUAAAAAUGGCUAUGACUUCUAUCCAAAGGCUCUCAAGGAAAGAAUACAGAAAGAACGGAAAGAAAAAAUCUGGGAUCCUGUUCACAGAGUUGCGCUUGCAGAAGCUUGUAGGAAACAAGAAGAAUUUGAUAUUGCCAACAAUGGCUCUUCCCAAGGCAAUAAGCUAAUCAAGGAAGAGCUGCAAACUCAAGUGGAAUUACUUAAUUCUUUUGAGAAAAAGUAUAGUGAUCCAGGCCCUGUGUAUGACUGCUUGGUGUGGCAUGAUGGUGAGACCUGGAGAGCCUGUGUUGAUUCCAAUGAAAACGGAGACUUGAGUAAAUGUACUGUGUUGAGAAACUACAAAGAGGCCCAAGAAUACGGCUCUUUUGGCACAGCUGAGAUGUUGAAUUAUUCUGUUAAUAUUUAUGAUGAUGGAAACCUGCUUUCCAUUGUGACCAGUGGAGGAGCUCAUGGAACCCAUGUAGCAAGUAUCGCUGCUGGGCAUUUUCCAGAGGAGCCUGAACGGAAUGGAGUUGCUCCUGGUGCUCAAAUUCUGUCCAUUAAGAUUGGUGAUACAAGGCUAAGCACCAUGGAAACAGGCACAGGCCUCAUCAGAGCUAUGAUAGAAGUAAUAAAUCAUAAGUGUGAUCUUGUCAACUAUAGCUAUGGAGAAGCAACUCAUUGGCCAAAUUCUGGGAGAAUCUGUGAAGUAAUUAAUGAAGCAGUCUGGAAACAUAAUACAAUUUAUGUUUCAAGUGCUGGAAAUAAUGGUCCAUGUCUUUCUACAGUGGGUUGUCCAGGUGGAACCACGUCCAGCGUGAUAGGUGUUGGGGCUUAUGUUUCUCCUGAUAUGAUGGUUGCAGAGUAUUCGCUGAGAGAGAAAUUACCUGCGAAUCAGUACACGUGGUCUUCUCGAGGCCCAAGUGCUGAUGGGGCCCUUGGUGUGAGUAUUAGUGCACCAGGAGGUGCUAUUGCUUCUGUGCCUAACUGGACAUUGAGGGGGACUCAGCUAAUGAAUGGGACAUCAAUGUCUUCCCCCAAUGCCUGUGGGGGCAUUGCCCUGGUACUUUCAGGUCUGAAAGCAAAUAAUGUUGACUAUACUGUUCACUCAGUCAGAAGAGCUCUAGAAAACACUGCAGUAAAAGCUGAAAAUAUAGAAGUAUUUGCCCAAGGACACGGAAUUAUUCAGGUUGACAAAGCCUAUGACUACCUCAUUCAGAAUACAUCAUUUGCUAACAGAUUAGGUUUUACAGUUACAGUUGGAAAUAACCGUGGCAUCUACCUCCGAGAUCCUGUUCAGGUGGCUGCUCCUUCAGAUCAUGGUGUUGGCAUUGAGCCUGUAUUUCCAGAGAACACAGAAAACUCUGAGAAAAUAUCCCUCCAGCUUCAUUUAGCUCUAACUUCAAAUUCUUCUUGGGUCCAGUGCCCUAGCCAUCUGGAGCUCAUGAACCAGUGUCGGCACAUAAACAUACGUGUGGACCCCAGGGGGUUAAGAGAAGGCUUGCAUUAUACAGAGGUAUGUGGCUAUGACAUAGCAUCCCCUAAUGCAGGUCCUCUAUUCAGAGUUCCAAUCACUGCAGUUAUAGCAGCAAAAGUAAAUGAGUCAUCACAUUAUGAUCUAGCCUUUACAGAUGUACAUUUUAAACCUGGUCAGAUUCGAAGGCAUUUUGUUGAGGUUCCUGAGGGUGCAACCUGGGCUGAAGUUACAGUGUGUUCAUGUUCUUCUGAGGUAUCAGCAAAGUUUGUUCUUCAUGCAGUACAGCUUGUGAAGCAGAGAGCAUAUCGAAGUCAUGAAUUUUAUAAGUUUUGUUCCCUUCCAGAAAAAGGAACACUGAUUGAAGCCUUUCCUGUCCUGGGUGGAAAAGCAAUUGAAUUUUGUAUUGCUCGUUGGUGGGCAAGUCUUAGUGAUGUCAAUAUUGAUUAUACCAUAUCAUUCCAUGGAAUAGUGUGUACUGCGCCACAGUUAAACAUUCAUGCAUCUGAAGGAAUCAAUCGUUUCGAUGUUCAAUCCUCCUUAAAGUAUGAAGAUCUGGCUCCUUGCAUUACUUUGAAGAGCUGGGUCCAAACACUGCGCCCAGUAAUUGCAAAAACCAGACCUUUAGGAUCAAGAGAUGUUUUGCCAAAUAAUCGCCAACUUUAUGAGAUGGUUCUGACAUAUACCUUUCAUCAGCCUAAGAGUGGAGAAGUAACACCUAGUUGUCCACUUCUUUGUGAAUUGUUAUAUGAGUCAGAAUUUGACAGCCAACUCUGGAUUAUUUUUGACCAGAACAAAAGACAAAUGGGCUCAGGCGAUGCCUAUCCACAUCAGUAUUCUUUGAAACUGGAGAAAGGAGAUUAUACAAUUCGACUACAGAUUCGCCAUGAGCAAAUCAGUGAUUUGGAUCGUCUUAAAGAUCUUCCGUUUAUUGUUUCUCAUAGGUUGUCUAAUACUUUGAGCUUAGAUAUUCAUGAAAAUCAUAGCCUUGCACUUCUAGGAAAGAAGAAAUCAAGCAGUUUGACGUUACCACCUAAAUAUAACCAGCCAUUCUUUGUUACUUCCUUACCUGACGAUAAAAUACCUAAGGGGGCAGGACCCGGAUGCUACCUUGCAGGCUCCUUGACACUGUCAAAGACUGAGCUUGGGAAGAAAGCUGGGCAGUCUGCUGCAAAACGACAAGGAAAAUUUAAAAAGGAUGUGAUCCCUGUGCACUACUAUCUAAUACCUCCACCAGCAAAGACGAAGAACGGCAGCAAAGAUAAAGAAAAGGAUUCAGAGAAGGAGAAAGAUCUGAAAGAAGAGUUCACCGAAGCAUUGCGAGAUCUUAAAAUUCAGUGGAUGACAAAGCUCGAUUCUAGUGACAUUUACAAUGAAUUGAAAGAAACAUACCCUGCUUACCUUCCUCUGUAUGUUGCACGGCUUCACCAAUUGGAUGCUGAGAAGGAGCGAAUGAAAAGGCUUAAUGAAAUCGUUGAUGCUGCCAAUGCUGUUAUUUCUCACAUCGAUCAAACUGCUCUAGCAGUUUACAUUGCAAUGAAGACUGACCCCAGGCCUGAUGCAGCUACUAUAAAAAAUGAUAUGGACAAGCAGAAGUCCACACUGGUAGAUGCCCUGUGCAGGAAAGGGUGUGCUCUGGCAGACCACCUGCUUCAUGCACAGCCACAUGAUGGGGCGGCAGCCGGAGAUGCAGAAGCAAAGGAAGAGGAGGGAGAAAGUACCUUGGACUCUCUGUCAGAAACCUUUUGGGAAACUACAAAGUGGACAGAUCUUUUUGACACUAAGGUUUUAACAUUUGCAUACAAGCAUGCAUUAGUGAAUAAGAUGUAUGGGAGAGGCCUUAAGUUUGCAACUAAACUUGUAGAAGAAAAACCAACAAAAGAAAACUGGAAAAAUUGUAUUCAACUAAUGAAGUUACUUGGAUGGACCCAUUGUGCAUCUUUCACUGAAAACUGGCUUCCCAUCAUGUAUCCUCCUGAUUAUUGUGUAUUCUAAAUAAGAACCAAGACUUUAAAUUUUCAAAAAGAAAAUUUUAUAGUGAACAAAUGUGUGGCAUUUUUAGUCUAACUAAUGCAUGUUUUCAUCCACUAUCCAAUACUGAUCAUUAAAACUAUGUGUAUUUAUCAGAGAACUCACUGGCGUGUGACUUACUACAUGUAAAUCUAGAGCUCUGCCAUCAUGUUUUCCUACUGCCUCCUCCACUUGGUGAGGGCAGGGCAUAUCCUAGUUGGGUGCCGCUGCUUACAUGCAUGAGAAGUGUUCAUCUGUGAAUUUUAACUGUAAAACUGUUGAAUCCUAUUUUUUUGUUUUAUAAAUCAAAAGGUUAAAACAUGUUUAAUUUUUUUCUUUUUCUAAUUAUAUAAAGGCCUUAAAAAGCUGUAAUAGGAGUAGCUAAAUUAUUUAUUAGACUCAAAAUUAAGAGAACGUCAUUUCCAGACUUUUUCCUAAUGAGGAAAUUAGUGGGAGGCAGGGUCGCAUUAACAUGGCAACUGAGGGAGGACACCUGUUACAGAAAUCUUCACCAAGGAGUCAUAACAGACAAGUUAUUUUUCCAGCAUCCUCAAGUACACAGCAUCAGAAUGCAUUAAAUUUUCAUGUGUCAGUGUCAGACAGCUGAAUCUAUCGGUUAUUGUAAAGAUACACAUGGUAUGUUCAUAACCUUGAAAUCAUGUAAAACACAUGAAUAAAUGUGCAAAACCACAGGCCCAGUACAUGAUUUGCACUCUGAUACCUUAAUUUUUUUAUAAAUAAUAAAAGUAAAUAUUGAAGCUCCUUAAAGUUGGUCUUAAUCUUUUUUAAUAAAUUAAAUUUGGUGUUAGAACAGUUUAUUUAAUCUAUUGGCCAAAAAGUAAGGUAAUAUAUUUUAAUAAUUUUUCUUGUGGGUUUGCAAUUAUUUGAAUAUAUUUCUAAUGCUUAUCAUGUGUUUAAGUCCUGUGUAUGUUUAACUUUUUUACUUUUAUCUUUUUUUCUAGUAUUCCUGCCUCCAUAAAAUAAACAGACAAAAACAGAUAAUUUUAAAAAGUCUGUAGUUAAUCUAAUAGAAAAGUGUGUGUGUGUAUGUGUGUGUACACUUGUGUGUGUGUGCAUGCAUGGAUUGUGUGAUCUUCAUCCCUUGGUUUACUGCUAUAAAAGAUCU